AGGCGAGAGAGAAGCAAGGUGCACACGUUGCUUAGCUUUCUCAUCGCAGUCAAGACGGAGAGAAGCUGACGGCUGAACGGUACAACGAGAGCCUUUCAACUGAUAGAUCUGAUAGACUAUUUAUACAUCACUUAAAAACGUCACCAGAGACAGAGACUUCAGAGGCUUUUUGGGACCACGUUGGAGACAAAAAGGGAAGAGGGAAGAGGACGGCAGUGACAAGCCCAAGUGGAAUCAGAAGCUUUUCAACAUAUGAAGUCAUCAAUCAUCUAAAACAGAAAAUACCCUGCAGCCUAAUGUGCAGAUCCAUCAUGGUCCUGGGUCAUUCUCUGCUCAGCCUGGCACUGCUGUUCCUCAACGUCCAUGCUGUUCCCGUCCAUGACGACAAGGUGGUAUACACAGCCAGGGUCAGACGGCAAGCCUCGGAUGGUAACGGCAUCAACCAGAGCCAGCCCAUGAUCUUCAACCACGUGUACAACAUCAACGUCCCUCUAGAGACCCUGUGCUCGGCUAAUCUGGAGUCCACAGAGGAUGAUAAACCGGUGGAGGAAUACCAGGAGCAAACGGCGGACUCAGACAGCCAGGUUACCUUCACCCAUCGCAUCAACAUCCCCAAAGCGGCAUGCGUGUGUCCGACUAUCAACAUACUGCAACAGCUGGCCAGCCGCAUAGAAAUUCUGGAGAGAGAGAUCGUACUGUUGAGAGCACAGUGUAGUGGUACUUGCUGUGGAGAAAACUCUGGCGUAGGGCACCUGGAUUUGGCUCCUCAAUGCAGUGGUCACGGCACCUUCAGCAUGGAUGUAUGUGGCUGUAUUUGCGACGAAGGCUGGACAGGGAAGAACUGCUCAGAGCCACGCUGCCCGGCUAACUGCUCCACUCAGGGUCUGUGUGUCGACGGAGAGUGUCUUUGCAACGGCGACGCCGGCGCUGAGAAUUGCUCGGAGCCCAGGUGUCCUAGAGACUGCUCGGGUCAGGGAGUGUGCAUCGACGGAGAGUGUAUGUGUGAGGAAGCCUACACCGGUGACGACUGCUCUGUGACCAGAUGUUUAAACGACUGCUCCGAACAGGGGCUCUGUGUUAAUGGGACGUGCCAGUGCAGGCCAGGGUUUUCGGGCGAAGAUUGCUCACGCAUCUCCUGUGCCAACAACUGUAGUCACAAGGGCAGAUGUAAGGAUGGGUUCUGCGUGUGCCAGGAAGGCUAUGUUGGAGAUGAGUGUGCUUCAGUGGCACCACCCUUAAAUUUGCAGGUUCGAAGAGUGACCGAGCAUACCAUUGACCUGGAAUGGGAGGGGUCACCGAUCGUAACGGACUACAUAAUCACUUACGUUCCGACGAGCCCCGGUGGAAUACAGCAGGAGUUAAGGGUUCGGGGGAACGUGACCACCAUCAUCGUCAGAGAGCUGGAGCCGGGCCUGGAGUACAACAUCAACGUGUACACGGUGAUUGAUGAAGUCAUCAGCGUGCCUAUCGGCACCGUCGUCUCGACCUAUCUCUCGAAUCCGGAUGGUUUACUAUUUAAAUCCAUCACGGAGACAUCCAUAGAAGUUCAAUGGCAGCCCUUUGACUACCUGUUCGAUGGAUGGGAGAUAAGUUUUAUUCCCAAGGACAACGAUGGUGGGAUGACGACCCAGCUGCCGAGCACCAUCACCUCUUUCCUUCAGACUGGUCUAAGGCCUGGAGAGGAGUACACUGUAAAUUUGGUGGCACUGAAAGACCAGGGCAGAAGCCAGCCAGUUACUGCCACUGUUAACACAAUAAUCGAUGGACCAACCCAGCUCAUUGUGCGGGACAUAUCAGACACAGUGGCAUUCGUGGAAUGGGUGCCACCUAGAGCCAAAGUUGAAGAGAUCAUUCUGCGUUAUGAAAUAGUAAACAACGGGGAACCCAAGACCACUUUCCGCCUUGAGCCGAGUCUAAGCCAGUACUCCCUGCAGGUCCUGAGACCCGGGUCCAAAUACAGAGUGUCAGUGAGCGGUGUGCGACAAGGCAACGAAAGUCAACCUGUUACUGCCGAGUUCAUCACAGAGAUUGAUCCUCCUAAGCAAUUGCGGGUGCUGUCCAAAACGUCCACGUCUUUAGAGUUGGAAUGGGACAACAGCAAGGCAUCUGUGGACAGCUAUCAUGUGGUGUACAGCACACUGUCUGGAGAUCAGUACGACAAGAUUACUGUCCCUCACAGCAAUGGAACCACAACCAAAACGACUCUUACAAAUUUACAACCUGGUACGGAAUAUGGAAUCGGUAUAUCAGCCGUUCUUGGUAACAAGCAAAGCAUCCCAGCCACAAUGAAUGCCAGGACAGGUCUGGAUAUCCCUAUGAACCUGAUGGUCAUCGACUCCACAGAGAACAGCAUCACUUUGCUUUGGAGCUCAGUCCAGGGACCUAUUGAGUACUACAGAGUGAGCUACACCUCAGCUAAUGGAGUGACCACUGAAGUGACUGUGCCUAAAGACAUAAGCAGCACCACGUUGAGGGGCCUGGAGCCUGGGACCGAGUACACCAUCACAGUCACGGCUCAGAGGGGCCGGCAGCAGAGCGCGGCCGCCACUAUAGAUGCUUUUACGGGCUUUCGUCCUGUAUCCCAGCUCUACUUCUCAGACAUCACAGCCGACUCUUUGGCAGUGGCCUGGAGUGCUCCGGCCCCGCCUGCCAGUAGUUUCACUGUGCACUAUGUGACCCAUGACUACAGUGAAGACGGUGAAGUCGUUGUGGAUGGUUCCAAGACCAGGACCGUCCUUUUAGGUCUUCGGCCUUCAAAAAAAUACACAGUGACCCUAGUGGCGAUGCAUGGUGAGAAAGCUUCAGAACCGGUCAAGGGCAACGUUGUCACAGGUAUGGACCCUCCCAGAGACAUGACCGUGUCCUACGUCACAGAGGAUUCAGUAACGGUGUUAUGGGCACACCCCUUCUCUUCCUUCAAUUACUACAAAAUGUCCUACCAAACUGCUAAAGGUCGGGUAGACAGCGUGGUGAUUGAUAAGGAUGUAACAAACUAUACUCUGAAUAGUCUUUAUCCAGCAACGGAAUACGAGAUCAAGUUGAAUACUGUGCGAGGAAGCCAGGAGAGUAAGGUCAUCAGCACCACCUUUUUUACAGCCAUGGACACGCCUAUGGACCUGGUAGCUCUGAACGUUACGCCGCGGGGGGUGCUGCUGCGCUGGACGUCUCCGGUCUCCAGCGUUGAUAACUAUGUGCUCACCCUCACCCGCAGCCAAGUGACAACUGACACGUUUCUAGUGGAAGGAAACAAGCAAGAGCAUCAGCUGAGCCACCUUCUUCCCAGCACUGCCUACUCCAUUGCCCUGUAUGCCACUAAGGGCCCUCUGACCAGUGGUACAGUCACCGCCAACUUCAUCACACCUAUGGACGCGCCGCAGAACCUGACCGCCACUGAGAUCAGUCACCGCAGUGCCCUCAUCUCUUGGCAACCGCCUCUCGCCGACAUCGAUAACUACAUGCUGACCUACAAAACAGCUGAUGGUAGCCGCAAGGAGCUAAUAUUGGAUGCGGAGGACACAUGGAUUCGUCUAGAGGGGCUGGCUGAGCUUAGAGAAUACACAGUACGACUACAGGCAGCCAGAGGCCUCGAGACCAGUGCCAUUGUCUCUAUAAUAUUCACCACAGGACAGCGAUUGUUCGCCGUGCCCCAGAAUUGUGCCCAGCAUCUGCUAAAUAGCGAGCUUCUCAGCGGACUCUACACUAUCUAUAUCAACCGUGACCUUAGCCAGGGCGUGCAGGUCUACUGUGACAUGACUACAGAUGGUGGAGGCUGGAUUGUGUUUCAGCGUCGCCAGAAUGGCCUGACUGAUUUCUCACGAAAGUGGAGUGACUACAAGAAUGGCUUUGGGAAUCUAGAGGAUGAGUUCUGGUUAGGCCUGGACAACAUUAACAAGAUCACGGGACAAGGGCGCUACGAGCUGCGCGUGGACAUGAAAAAUGGCCAAGAGUCCGUUUAUGCCGUCUACGACAGGUUCUCUAUUGGAGACUCCAAAAGCCAGUACAAACUGAAGAUAGGAGAAUACAAUGGAACUGCAGGCGACUCUCUGAGCUACCACCAGGGUCGGCCUUUCUCCACCAAAGACAGGGACAAUGACAUUGCUGUGACAAACUGUGCUCUUUCUUACAAAGGAGCCUGGUGGUACAAGAACUGUCACAGGGUCAAUCUGAAUGGUAAAUAUGGGGAGUCCAGACACAGUCAGGGUAUCAACUGGCACAGAUGGAAAGGUCAUGAGUUUUCCAUCCCCUUUGUGGAAAUGAAGAUGAGGCCCUACAACUACCGAAGUAUCAGUGGAAAACGAAGGAGGUCCACUUCACUUUAAUCAGCUCUUUUUUUCCUCGUCUUACUAGCUGUUCCUAUUUUUUACAUACAUUCAAAAAUAAA